AUGUUUUACGCUUUACAAAACAUACGCCGUAGACGAUCCAGGUGCUCUUUCAGGUGCAACGGGUGGUGCUCUAGCAGAACAGGUGGUGUUCUCUCUGGUGGCGGAACAGGUGUUGUUCAUUGCGGUGGCGGGAAAAGGAGUUGGUAUUUGGUCAGAAGGGUUCGCGGUAGUGGAGGAACUGGAGUUGCGGAACCUCUGUUCCAAAGGCCUAAAACUAGUGGGCCCCGGCGGUUGGUGGCCCAUGGGCAUCAUCUGCUGCUGAGUCAUCGCGGGCUGUGGCUGCUGCACCAGAGACACCAUCGGGCUGACCAUGUAAGAAGGAGGGCCCGGAUGAGGUGGCAAGGGCCCAAGCCCAUUGUACUCGUACGGGCCCGUCAUGCUGCCAGAUGGCUGCUGCACAUACUGCAGAGAAGAAGAAGGAUUGGGAAUAGAAUGGUAGUGGGCCUGCGAUCCGGAGAUUUGGGCCGAUGGUGGUGGGCCCACCAUGACCGAUUGACUCCAGGGCCCAUUACAGGCCCAUGGUGGUUUUCGGGCUUUGAUGUGGUGAACCCGGCAUUUUGGGCCUCCUCGGCAGCGAAAGUGGAGAGGACGGACGUCAUUAUGUAUUGGGAUGAGGUGGAAGCAGUGAGUUUGUCGGCAACUUCGGCGGCAAUUGCGGCAGCCGAUUUUUUGGACUUGUUGGUGGCUUUGGGUCGAACGUAUGAUCUUCGUCAUCCAAACGUGUGCGCAUGUCAGCAACUUCUUCUACUUGUGCCUGUGCUACCUGGAAUAGUUUGA